AUGCAGAACUUACACGGCAAAACUCGAAUAACCUACAUUUAUGCUCAUCGAGUAGAUGUCCUUUCAAAAGUUUUUAAAGAACGUCGUAGCGAAUUUUCACCUGAUUAUGUUCGUCAAGCUUGUGAACGUUCUUUGGAACCUAUUGAAGAUACUGUUGGUGCUUUAGCAGAUCUUGUUGAAGGAAAGGAAAAUAUAAAUCUAUUGAUGAUUUUGAACCUGAUGAUGUUAGAAGAACGAUUCCGCGUUUUCAAGGAAGAUAACAUUGUUGCCAUUCCUGGUAAACAUUUGGAAGAAAACUUUGAUGCGAUAAAAGUUAAUCUUAAUUCUGAUGAAUUGACUGAAAUUAGAAAAUUUAUUAAUUCUGUUAAAAUUAUUGGCGAUAGAUACAGUAGUGAUAUCUUAGAUAUGGUCGGAUUAAACAAAUAUGAAGUUACAAUAACAGUAAACCUACGGUUUACAGUUUGCCCACUCAGAGUUGGCUCACGCUUUAUUAAACGAAUAGCUGAGGAUACAAAAUAA